AAAUAAAGCUGCGUUUUGAAAUUUCUCCGGCUCAUGUGGACGCUGCCUAACACGAACAGAUAUGUAGAAAAAUCACUAAGCAAAACUCAUUUUAAAAUUAUAUGAGCUUAAGGCAUUUUUUCCUUUUACUUUUGAAGAUGAAGGCACUGUUGAUUUUAAAGAGUUCGUCAACGUGAUGGAGAAUUACAGAAGUCUGCGGCAAGACGAUGAAGCCGCCAUGUAUUUUAAAGUAUUCGAUUCUGAGCACCGAGGCUAUAUUGAAGGGAAAGCUAUCAAGCGAUCCUUGCAGUUUUUGGAUGAUGUACCCAACAGCGAGAUUGAGGAAAUCGUGACGAAGAUGAAUCUUACGGAUGAUAAAAAAAUCACUAUCGAAGAGUUUGCAGCCAACUUCCUUACACCGCUUAUCUUGAAAGACUCGGAGGAAAUGCUCUGAUGCGCCUUGGUCGAAGGAAAAGAACAUCUAAAUGUUAUUGAGCGUUAAAAUAACUAAGGUUGAAUUCAGGGUCCUUCCAGCAUUUGAUAGAUCAUGAUUGCUAGUUAAGGCUGCUUUGUAUCUUACUAUCAUUAACCUAACAAAUGCUAUUUGGAUUCCGCGCAGGCGUGGCAUGGCUCGUUCCCAGGGAGUCUCAUUCUCCCGCCCUUCCUCUCGCUGCGAUAGAGCGGGAAGAUAAGAGAACCUGGGAACGAAGUUGGGACUGGCUAAAAUGGUGUCUCUUCACAGGGUAUAGUGAGCAAGGAAAACAUUGCAAAAGAUGUAAUUUCACUUGUUUUGAGGGUUGGCAAAGAAAACCAUGUUUUUUAGCUUUUAUCUCUUUUAAACAGCAAAGGCAGCAGGCAUUAUACUCUCAUAAAAUACUUCAGUUAUUUGCUAACACUAUAAAUAAAACACUCGCCCGCGACCGUUCCUUUCUAAAAUUCUCUCGUUUUCUCAAAUUCAUGUCAUGUUUAAUGAUGGUAUCAUUUUGCAUAUGGUUUUUGACUUGGGUAUAGGUAAAGCUUGCAUGCCAGCCAAGUGGCCCAUCAGGCCGGAGCUUAUCCCGGUUUCUGUAGCAUGAAUUGACUAGGAGUAUUUUUGCUCC